GACCCAUUACUGUCCCCACUAACUUACACCUUCCCCCAUAUCCAUAACCCAUUAUUUAAGAUGAAGGACAAUGCAAUCCCAUUCAUUGCCUCUCAAAGUUAGUUAUUUUCCAAAAGAAACUGCAUGGUUCUUGAUUGAUUGAUCAAGAAUCAUCUAAGGGUCAUUAAGAUGAAGUCUUUGCUGUUUCAAUUAAUAUUGGUACCAUUUGUUAUCUUGAACUUUGUCAACAAUGUGAAUGCUGGUAUCACGAGUAGAUUCGUUCGAGAGGAGUGGCCAUCGGUUGAUAUCCCUCUUGAUCAUGAAGUAUUUGCAGUUCCCAAAGGAUACAAUGCACCUCAACAAGUGCAUAUAACACAGGGGAACUAUGACGGAAAUGCUGUAAUAAUCUCAUGGGUUACAUUUGAUGAACCAGGGUCCAGCAAAGUUCAAUAUGGUAAAUCUGAUAAGAACUACGAAUUCAGUGCAGAAGGGAAAAUGACAAACUACACCUUUUAUAAAUACAAUUCUGGCUAUAUUCAUCAUGUUCUUGUCGACGGCCUUGAGUAUGAUACCAAGUACUAUUACAAGAUUGGGGAUGGUGAUUCCGCACGAGAGUUUUGGUUUCAAACGCCUCCGAUGAUCGGUCCAGAUGUUCCUUACAAAUUUGGAAUCAUCGGUGAUUUGGGACAGACGUAUAACUCGCUAUCCACACUUGAGCAUUACAUGGAGAGUGGAGCACAGAGUGUGUUGUUUGUAGGAGAUCUUUCUUAUGCCGAUAGAUACAAGUACAAUGAUGUUGGUAUACGGUGGGAUUCAUGGGGUAGAUUCGUGGAGAAAAGUACUGCUUAUCAGCCAUGGAUAUGGUCUGCUGGGAAUCAUGAAAUAGAGGACAUGCCUUAUAUGAAUGAAGUUACUCCAUUCAAAUCGUAUCUACAUCGAUAUCCUACGCCUUAUUUGGCUUCUAAAAGCAGUAGUCCUAUGUGGUAUGCUAUUAGGCGUGCAUCUGCUCAUAUAAUCGUGCUAUCAAGCUACUCUCCGUUUGUGAAAUAUACACCUCAAUGCAAAUGGCUCGAGGAAGAAUUAAACAGGGUUGACAGGAAGAAGACCCCAUGGCUCAUUCUGCUUGUGCAUGUUCCGAUCUACAACAGUAACGAAGCACAUUUCAUGGAAGGUGAAAGUAUGCGAGCAGUGUUCGAAGAAUGGUUCACCCAUCACAAAGUUGAUGUAAUCUUUUCUGGUCAUGUCCAUGCUUACGAAAGAUCCUAUCGAAUCUCAAAUAUAAGGUACAAUGUAUCAAGUGGUGAACGUUUCCCUGUACCGGACGAAUCAGCUCCUGUUUACAUCACUGUUGGAGAUGGUGGAAAUCAAGAAGGUUUAGCAGGAAAGUUUAGAGAUCCCCAACCGGAUUAUUCAGCAUUCCGAGAAGCCAGUUACGGCCAUUCGACACUGGAGAUCAUGAACAGAACACAUGCACACUAUCACUGGAACCGAAAUGAUGAUGGGAAAAAAGUGGCAAUUGACUCAUUUGUAUUGAACAAUCUGUACUGGUCAAGUAACGUGCGAGAAAGGAAACUAAAGAGGCAUUAUUUGAAUGGGAUGAGGAUGAUUGCUUCUUAAUGAAAAGAUAAUAUGAAGAUAUAUCAUCUCUGGUAGUCCUUGAUGAAGUUUCAUUGCAAGAGAUGAAAAUACCAACAAUGAUAAGAACAAGAAUAUAUAUAUAUCCUACACCUUGUUUGGCUUCUCUUGCAGUCAUCUUUUUGUCGUCAUAUAUAUAUAUAAUAUACAUAUAUAUAUAUAUAUAUCCUACACCUUGUUUGCAAGAGAUGAAGUUUCAUUGCUUGGAAAUGCAAUAUCUCGAAGUGAUUAAUAAAAUUAUCAUUGUUCAGUAA